AUGAGUACAAAUGGCGUACUCCUCUCUAACGGUUCUUCGCAAGACGACGACCACGAAAGGGCGAGAUUAGGAUCUGUUAUUUACCUUUGUAUAAUUGGAGUUUGCGGUGUUAUCGCGAAUUCUCUCGUCAUUUUCGUAUUCUGGAAAUACCCAAAGCUCAGAACGGCUGCUAAUCUGUUUAUUCUAAACCUAGCAGUUUGUGAUUUGAUGCUGUCGCUGUUGGACAAUACGUUUUCCAUCGCGGCCACGUUGCAUGGGAAGUGGUUGUUUGGUCGAGGCGGCUGCAUCUCUUAUGGAUUUUUCCAUUACUUUUUCAUAUGUUGUACUGUAUCAACGCUUGCUGCGAUUUCUGUGGAUCGGUUUUUCUUCAUAACGAGGCCAAGUCAAACCAGGGCUGUUCAAAUAAUUACACGGAGAAAAGCUAUAGGAAUACUAGCGAUAAUCUACUUGUAUACAAUUUUGUUUACCUUUCCACCCUGUGUUGGUUGGAACAAUUUCGUGGAAGAGGCGAUCUUUUACAGCGGCUGCUAUAUUAACUACGGCGAUCAAAGAACGUCUUCGAUAGCAUAUUCAGUAAUCGCUCCCUUCUUUCUUUUCCUGAUACCGCUUACGAUAAUGAUUUAUUGCUACGCAAGGAUUUUUUUCGUCGUUCGUCGAAGCACGCAGCGAACUAUUGGACGAUCACUUGGGACGCAGACAUCCGUCAGGAAACGACACCCACUUCUUAAGAGGACCCACAUACAGACUGCUAAAAUGAUUAUUGUCGUUAUAUUUUUCUCAAUGAUUGUUUGGGUUCCUUAUGUUGUUGUCUCCUUCAUCAAAGCCGCCAACGGGCACAUAGCGCCUUUGGUGUCACACAUCACUGUUCUUGUUGCCAAGUCGUGCGUGAUUUACAACGUGCUAAUUUACGCGAUUUUGAACAGGAAACUUAAGGCUGCUAUAUUAGACGCAGUUUGUUGUGGAAGACAGACCUUUUCUCUGGUCGGAACCCCUAGUUCUGGCAGCAAUGCUCAGAAGAAUAGAAUAAGUAGGAUUUUGAGUGAAACCGAUGGGCCAUCGCCUGUAUCGGACGCACAAAAGAACCGCCUCAGUGCUUUGUCAAUACAACAAUCUAAUGAUAGUGUCCACAGUCAAUAUGCGGAUAAUACUUCUGCGCCUCGUUCUCCAAAACUAAAGAACGGUAUUUGGAAAGCUGUAGAGUUCAAGGACCAGGAAAGAAAAGACAGUGUUGUAGAAAAUACCGGAAAGGAAGGUGCUGAAGUUUCUGGAAGUGCUGCCGAUUCACAUCUGGACAGAAAUGGGAGCAUAGACACUCCCUCGGGAACUUACACACGGAAAAAGGUUUCAAAACUUAAACGGCCCUCUGACACCAGCCAAGAUAAUGUCGAAGCUGAGAAUAUUGUUUCGCUCGGGGCCACGGAGGUAAAGAGCGCGUAUUUAAACUCUGACGGAGUGACUAAAGAUUCCUCCAAAUACACCACAGCUGUGGAUAUGAAACUCACGGCGGGUUCACCGCUGGCUAACUCAAUCGCAGAUUCUGUUCCUCAGCGUAUUCACUACCUUUAUUCGUCACGGAAAUCUCGCUCCCAAACCCUUUCUUCUCCAUCCCAACUGUACAAGAAAGGUUCUCGUCCAAUUAGUGCGCAACAAGUGACUAAACGUAUUUCACCUGCUUCGAGUGUUCCACGCGCGAGCAGCAGCACGGAUCAAGAGAGUGACACUUCGAGAGGACAUUCUCGCGAGCCUUCGCGUCAGCAUUCUCGAGAGGGUUCUUUCGUUCAUCGCUCGGCAAGCUCGCGAAGGACCAAAAAGCCACGAUCCGCAAACAGGACAAACGCGAAACACCCACCGUCGCGGAGAAAAAGUUACAGCCACGUUAACUAUGGCAGAAGAGGAGGAGCCAUUGAUCCUCUCCAUACCACAGCCCAAGAACUUUUGGAAAUACAAAAUUACUGGAAGCGUAUGAGUCUCUGUCUGGACGACAUUGAUUUAGACGAUGUGACUCGAGGCACGGAAAUGGUUUAA